AUUCUUGUGUUUAGUUUCCUUCCCAUAGAAAACGUAUCAAAAACUUUAUCUCCUAAAUGUCUGUGAGCUAAAAGCUUUACAACGUUACACAUGUAGAUGCAGUUUGUCUUUUUUAAUGUAUUUUUAAGUUUGCACACUGGAAAGUCAUGACAUGAUACUGAAAGCAGGCCUUUAGAGCACAUUUUGCUAUGAAAAUAUAUAUAUGUAAACCAACACCUUCCGGGUUGAAGAUUUAAUGAUGCCAUUCUCAAUAUGAAUUAGACCCCAGUGCUUUCAGAAUGAUUGGUGCUUAAUCAAACUUUAAGUAAACCAGUUGCACAGGAACACCUGUGAGCUUUGUCGGUGUAAAGUCUGUUCAGCCCUAAUAUUUUGUACAAAGGUUCUAUUGUCUCAUUGAAAACGGAGCUAUUCAUAAUAUUGUUACAUUUUGCUAUGGAGCGAUCUGGGAACGAUGGUUAUCUUCAUUACUGGCAGCUUUUGGUUGACAGCACGAGAGUGCGCCAUUUAUAGAGGCAGUUAUUUCAAUGGUUUAGUUGCCACACAUCAGAGACAAUAAUUUUCUGAUAUAGUGCCUUUUUGAAGCAAAAUAUUUUCUAAGAAUUCCGAUUAUAGCCCGUGUUGUGACUUGGAUUGUCCAUCUUUCGUCUUAUUUGACUUCUUUUACCACUUCAACGAUACUUAUAAUUAGCGCUGGAUGUGUCCUCUGUGUUGACUAAUUCUCGUACGUUUUGAUCGUAGAAAAUGCACAUUGCGUUUGCCACAUGUCCGCAAAUGAUUCAUAUGUAAAACGUCACUCAUGUCGAUAUUAGUAGAUUGUUAAAACAAUAAUAAAAACUAAGCGGUUUUGAAUUGCCGUCGGUGUUGUAAGACUUCUCUUUAACACACUUUAUUUCUUCACACAGCCCACACUGUCCUCUCUCUCCCCACCAAUCAGAUUAGUGUACCCAUAUGAACUCACUCCUUAGUAGAGGCUCUUCAUCAUGUAAAUAACAUAACAUAUAUCAUAGGACAUUUAAAAAAAUCUUACAUCUGAUCCGUAUGUGGUUAAAAGAAUGUGGGUUCUUUGUGUACCGACUGACAAUUGUAACUUGUGCAUAUUAAAGUGGGAGAUAUAUUACAAGCAUUUGUCACAACAUAUUCCACUUUUAGACUAUUAAAUGACUAUAACAACAACAUUUAUGAUGUGCAUAGAAUCACUUUUUUCUUCUUCUGUGCUCGCUCUUCUUGUAAUAUUUAGUUGUCUUCAUUAUUUUCAAUUCGUUGCACCUGAUCUGUUAUCAUACGGGUCAUGUGAUUGCCUACUACACAAAUAAGGUGCGACCACACACGUUUUUAAUUUUUUUUUUUAAUGCCCGUUUUGGUUUUGGUUUUGGAGACACUAUAAUUCAAUUGAAGUCGAAAAUAACUUCGUAGAGGAUUACUACCUGUUGCUGCAGCACGUCUCUCAACACAAGUAGUAACGGGUCAAAGAAUGGCCACAUUGCUGACAUAGCGAACAAGUGUUUACUUGGGGGAGGGUGUCACUCUUCCAGCGUUAUCAGUGGUAACAGUACAGUGGUGGAUAUUAGGGGAAUCACAUGCACUGACAGACAUUUUUAUAUAUAUAUAUAUAUAUAUAUAUAUAUAUAUAUAUAUAUAUAUAUAUAUAUAUAUAUAUAUAUGCAGCCCACUGCUCCUUAAUAACUAAGGAUGGGUCAAACGCAGAGAAGAAUUUCCCAAAUAAAGGGAUCAACAAAGGAUACAUUAAAAACUAAAACUAAAUAGUUGUUUGCCGCUAUAGCAAUGCUCCGUAUAUCAAAUUUAGCGCCUUCUAAGUUCAGAGCUUUAAGGAGUUGUCAAUAUUUGCUAUGAUAAUAAUAAGUUAAAGCACAAGUUGGGGAUCAGCUAUUGAUUUAACAGCAAUGCCUUCGUCAGGCCCUGCCCAUCUGGACGUUUUUUUCUUGCAGCAGUAUUUAAACCUCAAAUCCAAGGUCUCUCCUGCCCACUCUUCGGUCGAGCAGCGCUUUCUCUCUCUCUCUCUCUCUCUCACUCUCUCUCUCUCUCUCUCUCUCUCUCUCUCAACUCUGCCCUUAUUAUCUGCUUUCAGCUUUGCUGCAAAAAUGGCCACAGCUGGUAAGGUCAUCAAAUGCAAGGCAGCAGUGGCCUGGGAGCCCAACAAGCCUUUGGUGAUUGAAGAGAUCGAGGUAGCCCCGCCCCAGACCAACGAGGUCCGCAUCAAGAUUGUGGCGAGCGGACUGUGCCACACGGACCUGUACCAUCUGUUUGAGGGUAUGCAUAAAGACGGCUUCCCUGCCGUCCUCGGCCAUGAGGGAGCCGGCAUCGUAGAGAGCGUCGGGCCUGGAGUCAUUGAGUUUCAACCGGGAGACAAGGUCAUCCCCUUGUUCAUACCCCAGUGUGGAGAAUGUCGCUUCUGCAAGAGUCCCAAAACCAACCAGUGUGUGAAUGCUUGGGAUGUUGGUGUGAUGUCAGACCCAGAGUCCAGGUUCACCUGUAAAGGGAAGAAGGUGCUGCAAUUUAUGGGAACCAGUACCUUCUCUGAGUACACUGUUAUGAACCAGAUGGCCGUGGCUAAGAUCGACCCCACUGCCCCUCUGGACAAAGUCUGUCUCCUUGGCUGUGGGAUCUGCACAGGAUACGGAGCGGCAGUGAAUACUGCUAAGGUGGAACCGGGCUCCACGUGUGCUGUGUUCGGAAUGGGAGCUGUGGGCUUGGCUGCGGUCAUGGGCUGCAAGGCUGCAGGAGCCAAGAGGAUUAUCGCCGUUGACAUCAAUCCGGAUAAGUUCGAGAAGGCCAAGGUGUUCGGGGCGACCGACUUCGUGAACCCCAAAGAUCACAGUAAGCCCGUCAGCAAGGUGCUGUCCGAGAUGACCGACGGAGGAGUGGACUUCUCCUUGGAAUGUGUCGGGAAUGUGGGAGUCAUGCGCAGCGCCUUGGAGUCUUGUGUGAGAGGUUGGGGCGUCAGCGUGCUGGUCGGCUGGACGGACUUGGACGACUUUGCCGCCCGCCCCAUUCAGCUCAUUGCUGGACGCACAUGGAAGGGCUCCCUGUUCGGAGGAUUUAAGAGUAAGGAUGGCGUGCCUCAGAUGGUCAAAAAGUACCUGGACAAGAAGAUCUUGGUGGAUGAGUUCAUCACUCACAACAUGGCUUUGGACCAGGUCAACGACGCCAUUGAGCUGAUGAAGCAGGGCAAAUGCAUCCGGACGGUCCUGAGUAUUUCUCCACAAUAAGACCACCGCGUCACUUCCAGCCCGCGCAAGACAUUUUCUUUCAUGGCUGCCCGCUAUGUAGUACCGGAUAUCAACGCUGUAUACAUACACAAUGCACCUAAUAAAGAGAUUGGUCAAAUAAUG